AUUUCCUCCUCCACUUUCACGGCCCGAUUUCAAACCUUGUUUCCAUUCCCAAGAGCACAAACAUCAUCUUCGCCAAAAACUAAGAAAACCAUUUCAGGGCAACAGAAUUUGCAAAUAACCAAAGAGAAAACAAAGAAAAGCUUCAGAGAAAUUGCUGAAUCAGAGAAGGAACAAGGAAAAACAUCAAAGGAAGAAGAAACCUCAUACAUACUUCAAAAGGGAUUCUUCAUCUCGUAUGAUAUCAGAGACGAUUGAGAGUUGAAAAUGGUCGAGAAAAUGGGUAUCGGUUAUCCAUAUUCUGAUUCAAUUUCUUUACCUACCAAUUCGGUUAGGAAGAGGAAGUCACGGAGUAGACGAGAUCGAUCGACCGUGGCUGAGACUCUUGCUAAGUGGAAAGCUUAUAAUGAAUGUUUUGAUUCUUGUAAUGAUGGUGGCAAGCCAAUUCGUAAAGCUCCGGCAAAAGGGUCUAAGAAGGGAUGUAUGAAAGGCAAAGGAGGACCCUUAAAUUCACAUUGCAAUUACAGAGGUGUGAGGCAGAGGACUUGGGGCAAAUGGGUUGCAGAGAUUCGUGAACCCAACAGAGGGAGUAGACUGUGGCUUGGUACUUUCCCUACCGCCGUUGAAGCCGCUCUCGCCUACGAUGAGGCUGCAAGGACGAUGUACGGCCAAAGUGCUCGUUUAAACCUUCCCAACAUUAAGAACAGAGGGCAGCUACAAGGGAUUCUUUUGGACGAUUACUUGGGACUGCGUAACUCGGAUUCUUCAACAGCUACGUCGACAUGUUCUGAAUCAACUACUACAAUCUCGAACCAAUCUGAGGUCUGCGUGCCUGAGGAGUUCACAAUGAGGCCAAAACUUGUCCCCCAAAACAUUAAGAUUGAAGAUGGAGAAGGUGAAUCGAGGACCGGGGAUCACAGUGAUGACACUGCAACGCCGAUGUGCUUAGAGAAUCAAGUGAAACAUGAGGAUUGUAAUGAUCAGGCAGUUGGAUUAGGAACUGAGUUCCCUAGCUUCGAUCAGUUGCAGAACUUCCAAAUGGACGAAAUGCUCCAGCCGAGGACUGGGAAUCAGGCCAAUCAUAUGGCGAUGCCAAUGAGCUUAGAGAAGCAGGUGAAGGAUGAAGAUCUCAAUUCUAUAUAUCGUGAUUGGCGCAAUGAUCAAGCAGUCUUAUCAGAAGCUGGGAUUUCUUGUCUGAAUGAUCUGCAUAACUUUCAAAUGGAUGAAAUGUUUGAUGUGGAAGAGCUUCUAAGCCUAAUAAGUAGUGAUUCAUUGUAUGAUCCAAGCAUCUUGAAAGGCAAUGCAGAUGGUUAUACUAACAUGACGCCUUCACAAGUGAGCAAUCAAGGGCCUGAGAAGCCAUCAAGUUGGUCAUAUCAAUUCCAAAAUCCAGACGUGAAGCUACUCGGAAGUCUCCAACAGACAGAGCUGGCCGAUGUCGACUAUGGAUUUGAUUUCUUGAAGCAGGGGAGGGAGGAGGAUCUGAAUGCGGCAGCGGAUGAUUGUGUCCGAUACCUGAACGAGAUUGGUGAUUUAGGUUUUUGAGGGGUAUAUUUUUGGUUGAAGGAUUAGGAGUAAAAAAAAAAAAGAAAAUGAAAAAGAAAAAACCACAUGAACAUUGCUGGCUCUCUAUUUAUGUUUGUGUAAAAUACGUUAGUAUUUGAAGCUGACAAAUUCUCCAUAGGUUUUAGUUUGGAGAAUAUGUGACGCGUGAUUCACAUACGAGGUUAUUUACAGCUACUUUUAUUUAGAUCUAACAAUGUUCUUUCAACUAGUGUAAUAAGGCUUCUUCCUUCCAAGGAUGAAUGAUGAUUCGUUUUGCUCUUGUAAAUUAUAUAUGUUGUACAUAUUAUAUAUACACAUACAUUGUAAAUUUUUCUUCAA